AUGACGCCCAGUGACAGCAAACCAAAGACCAUAAAUGUAAGAGGAAACGUUAGACGGAUCGAUUUUGAAAGUGGUGGUUGGCUGGCAACGUAUUUUCCGCGUAGGUGGAAAAAACAAGUGGUCGCAAGCGUCUCAAGUGGAAAUCACGAUAAUAGUAAACUAUCAAUUGAAAAGUUGCAUUACAGCAAAACGUAUUUGCCGCGUUGGAUACACUUUGUAAAAAGAAGAAGAAGAAAAAAGUACAGUAGAAAAUUGUUUGUUAAAAAAUUGAUAGAUAUGGCUUGUCAAAUGAUAUGGUUAUUCGGUUAUGUGAGUCUUGGAUUGGCAUUGACACUUGGUAAUCGUCCAAGUGUACAUAUUAAUCAGCGUCCACAGGUUAGGUCGAGAUACGAUCAUCGUUCACGUACAACUGACAAUGAAUUACCACUGGCAUCAACAGCCACUGUUGUCAUUGGUAAAAAUGAUAAAAAUACGGACAUCGAUUCGUCAUACAGAUUUGGUAUGGAAUCAGUGCCGUAUGAUUUACCGCCGGACUGGUUGAUAUACGACAAGAAUGCCUGGAAUUUGCCAGACAAACAGAAUAGAUUAGACGGAGGUAGAAAUGGAAUUUAUGAUAAUGGAGUUAUUGAUGAUUUCACGAGUGCUGUUAUUGAGACACUUUAUCCACAUAAAAGUAAUGAUAAAAUGAGUGGUGAUUAUUUUGAUGAUAGAAUGGAUGAUACAUUGAAAAGUGUUAAUGAUAGAACAUCAGUAUAUGAUGGUACAAGUGAUAAUGCGCUUCCAAUUGAUAAUCACUAUGAUUUUAUGAAAAAACGUAUGUUACAACGUAAUUCACGUAAUGGUGGGGUUACGAUGAAGGAGAAGGGUGUUUUGCCGAUGAAAAAAGCUCCAGUAUGGCCGUUAGAUAAUGUAGAUGAUGCGUGGCAAGUACAUGCCAAUGAUGACAUUAGGAGGAAUAAUGAUGGUGCUUAUGAUAGGCCAAUGGGUAAACGUAAUUAUGGUAGUGCAACAGGACGUAGAAGGUCAACUAGUGAUACACGAUCGCAAACGAACCUUCAAGUACAGUCGCAAUCUUCAUCAUCAGUGCCGUCGUCACCUGGUGGAACAGUGGGUGGUAUGGCAACGCAAAUCAUGCUGAGGGCAUCACGUGGCAAUCGACAAUACGACGUACCACAAAUUGAGUGUCCAUCAUCGGAGGAUGGCAUGGAGAGAUUCGCCUGUCCCACGCCCGACAGAAUGGGAAGAUAUCGUUGUAUCGACGAUCACGUACUCUGCGAUGGAUUCAUCGAUUGUCCAACCGGAGAGGACGAGGAUCGUCAAGCGUGUAUGUUCUACAAAACCACAAAAGCACACUUGGAUGUCCUAGCGGAUGCUCUGUUACGAUGGGUGAGAGGUCGCUAAAAAGUAUUCUUAUUCCAUACAUGAUUCUCCAUCAAUUAUCUCCAAUCUUUGUUAAUAAAUACAAUCGAUGAAUGCAUCGUUAUCAACAAACUAUGAUUCACAAAAGCGAGAGCGAGGUAAAUCGAGGAUUCGUCCAAUAAUUGAAAAAUGUGAAAAAAAAACAAAUCCAAAUCCUAUACUUCUGAUAGAUUUCUCAUGAUUUAAUCAA